AUGUCGGACAAUCAGUACUCGCUCAGCUACGCAGGUCCCACUCGCAAUUCGACCGCAAUGCAGUUCCAGACCGUCAAUCCCUAUGUGGCACUGGUAGCAACAGCGGGCCCUGAACAUGACGGAAGGAGCUCCUCGUCAGGCUCACCACCUUCAUCUGGCAGCUCUGCCUCCCUCUUUGCAUACAACGAGGGGGCGGCGCUGCCAGCAACUCCGUCCAGGUCGCAGGUUCAGACUUAUAGCGGCUCAAGAAUGCCACAGCAGCAUAUGUCGUACGGCUCACCAGAGCAGGCUCGCUUCACCGGUUUCAGCGUCAACAACACCCCCACUCGCACCAAUUAUGCCGCUCGCGCUGCCGAUCACGGCGCCCGCCGCACUGCUGCUCGCACUUCUAUCAGCUCGGCUUCUCACGUAUCCACCAUGGCUUACAACUACCAAAGAUCUCAGGCCUCCUCUCUGGCUGGCGUUCCCGAGUCUGUCGCCGUUCAAGAGAUGGCCUUCCGCCAAGGCCAGCAUGACAGCAACAGCUCUUUCGACGUUCCUGCUAAUCCCUUCGUAAAACAGUUCGACCAACUCUGGGCCGCUUUCUACAAGCUGGGCAAAGAGUGUGAUGGACAGCGUGCACCUACUCCCGUCAACCCGUCUCGCGAGAACUUCGCCUGGCCUGUCCUCAUCAACCCCUACACACAGUCUCUCAAGCACCCUAAUGGCUCUCUGGACCCCAUCUGGACACGAAAGAUGAUUCAGGUCGCCUUGAACUGUAUGCAAGAGCUCAUUCGCAUAACCUGCCGCCGAAACACCGGUUGGGACAAGACGGUGGCCGACAUUCCUCUGCCCGCCCAGGAGGCCUUGGUGGCUUUCCCUGACCUCGCUCAGCAGUAUGAUGCCCUGAAGCGUGACGCUAAAGAGGCUCGAGCUGGAGGUCGCCCCUACGGCUACUGAGUCGUGACUCUGUCUCUUGGUGCACCCUGGAGGUCCUCGAUGCUUCGUGUAACCGCAAUACAACAUGAAGAUACC